CAGCCCGCGAUGCCCUCGGAGCCACGCCGCCGGGCAUGGUGAGCCCGGGGCGGCCGCUCGCCGCGGGCACCCGGCAGGCGGCCUCGCUGCUCCGCCUCAACCUCCUCCUUCUCCUGCUGCUGCCGUGGGGCGCCGGGGCGCAGAAAGGCGAUGGAUGUGGACACACUGUUCUGGGCCCUGAAAGUGGAACUCUUGCUUCAAUAAACUACCCACAGACCUCUCCCAAUAGCACAGUCUGUGAAUGGGAAAUUCGUGUAAAGCCUGGACAGAGAGUUCAGCUCAAAUUUGGGGACUUUGAUAUUGAUGACUCGGAUUCUUGUCAUUCCAGUUACCUAAGAGUUCACAAUGGAAUUGGCCCCACCAGGACUGAGAUAGGAAAAUACUGUGGGUUUGGCUUCCAGAUGGAUGGUUUAAUUAAAUCGAGAAGUAAUGAAGUCACAGUACAGUUCAUGAGUGGAACGCACACUUCUGGGCGAGGAUUUCUUGCAUCUUAUUCAACCACUGACAAGUCAGACCUAAUUACCUGUUUAGACAAUGCAAGUCACUUUUCUGAACCAGAACUCAAUAAGUAUUGUCCAGCUGGAUGUGUGAUUCCUUUUGCUGAUAUUUCUGGGACUAUACCCCAUGGAUACAGAGAUUCUUCAUCACUUUGCAUGGCUGGUGUUCAUGCAGGCGUUGUAUCAAAUACUCUGGGUGGCCAAAUUAACGUUGUAAUCAGCAAAGGCAUUCCAUAUUAUGAAGGCUCUCUGGCUAACAAUGUCACGUCAAAAGCGGGACCAUUAUCCACCAGUCUCUUCACAUUCAAGACAAGCGGUUGCUAUGGGACACUGGGGAUGGAGUCUGGAGUAAUCCCUGAUUCCCAGAUUAUGGCAUCAUCUAUUCUUGAGUGGUCUGACCAAGCAGGACAAGUGAACAUUUGGAAACCUGAGAAUGCCAGACUGAAAAGGCCUGGGCCUCCUUGGGCUGCCUUUAUCAGUGAUGAGCAUCAGUGGUUGCAGAUAGACUUGAAUAAGGAAAAGAGAAUAACAGGUAUUAUAACAACUGGGUCAACCUUACCUGAGUACUACUAUUAUGUGUCAGCCUACAGAAUUUUAUACAGUAAUGAUGCACAGAAAUGGACAAUGUACAGAGAACUUGGCAUUGAUAGAGAUAAGAUAUUUCAAGGGAACACUGAAUGUUACCAGGAAGUUCGCAAUAAUUUCAUUCCACCUAUUAUUGCACGUUUUUUUAGGAUUAACCCCUUAAAAUGGCACCAGAAAAUUGCAAUGAAAGUGGAACUCCUAGGAUGUCAGUUUAGUGUAGGCCGUGCUCCAAAAAUUACCAUGCCUCCACCACAUCAGAACAACGAUGACAAGAAUGACUUCAGUGAUGACUUCAUUCAUUCAGUGAAGACUUCGUUGCAGACAGAUAAAACAACCUUCACACCUGAAAUAAAAAACACCACAGUGACCCCCAGCGUAACCAAAGAUGUGGCAUUGGCAGCAGUUCUGGUUCCAGUAUUGGUGAUGGUCUUCACUACUCUGAUUCUUAUCUUAGUUUGCGCAUGGCACUGGAGAAACCGCAAGAAAAAAACUGAAGGCAAUUACGAUCUACCUUAUUGGGAUCGUGCAGGAUGGUGGAAAGGAAUGAAGCAGUUUCUCCCCACCAAAUCAGCAGAACAUGAAGAAACUCCUGUUCGCUACAGCAACAGUGAAGUCAGUCGCCUAAGACCAAGAGAAGUCCCAACAAUGUUACAGACAGAGUCUGCAGAGUAUGCUCAGCCGCUGGUAGGGGGAAUUGUCGGCACGCUCCAUCAGAGAUCAACCUUUAAACCAGACGAAGGGAAAGAAGCAAGUUAUGCUGAUCUGGACCCUUACAAUUCACCUAUACAAGAAGUUUAUCAUGCUUAUGCUGAGCCACUACCUAUAACUGGACCAGAAUAUGCAACUCCAAUAAUCAUGGACAUGUCCAGUCAUCCCAGCACACCUCUUGGCGUUUCUUCUAUUUCCACCUUCAAAACUGCAGGGAAUCAAGCUCCUCCACUAGCAGGAACUUACAAUAAACUCUUAUCUAGGACAGACAGUUCCUCAUCAGCUCAGGCACUGUAUGAUACGCCAAAGGGGCAGCUGGGGCCAGGUGCUGUAGACGAGUUGGUAUACCAAGUACCACAGAGCAUGCCCCAUUCCACUGGGAAUAAGGAUGAACUGAGUUAGCUCGUGAGUAAGGUAGGAUAACAGCAAAAGUGGCUUGUUUUUAAAAGCCAUCUCCUUAAAGCUCAUAGUUUCAUUUUUUAAGAUCACAUUGUCUUAAUAUUAUUUGUCUUAAAUAAUACAAUUGAACCAAAAAGUGUGUUAUCGGAGAUUUGGGAAACCAGUAAUUCUGCCUUUUCCUGAGGAUAUACAAUUACAGCUUGUCUCUUGAGAAACCACGGAUUUUUUUCUACUACUGUACAAUUGUCUGUCAGACAUAAAAGAACAACUUUUCAAGAUUAACUUCAGCAUUUCAUAGAUGUGAAUUAUAAAUUGGAAGAAACAGCUUGAAGUACGAAAGUCAGCAAUACAGGUCUUACGUACUGAUUUUAGGAGUGGGGUUUUUUUUUUUUUUUUGUUUUGUUUUUUUUGUUUUGUUUUUUUUAAGAAAUAGUACCAUUAGUAAGCACUGUAACUUCUAAAAUUCAUUUUCCACUGUAGAAUAGCUGCACAACUUUGAACUUCCAAAAACCACCGUUAGGAUUGAUGGCAAAAAAAAAAAACAUUAACUUCCUGGCAAAGUGGUCUUGAUGCUACUUUUGUUCACAGGAUUGGGAAUCACCAGGUGUGGGUUUCUCACAUGCUUUCCAUACCAUUUUUCUUUUAUCUUUCUAAAACUAGAAUCUGCUAGCUGUAUAAUUUUUCUUUGUCUGAUCUUAAGCCACUAAGUCCUGUUGCUUUCUAGAGAUACAGUAGGCACAGACCAAGUCUUUCAAGGAAACUACAAGACAACUUCUAUGUUUUCCCUAUUAACCGAAGGCUACUAUUGUUUGCCUUGAACUCAAAACCUUCCCCAAGUGGUCAGCUUGCAAGAAGCUUCCAAGUGUUCAAGGUGACUGAGUUGGGGAGGUUUUUUUCCCUGUAUCUAUUGUGUGUUUUAAGAUGUAAGCAUAUACAAAGAUAUGUAUAUACUUCUGUGUGUACAUAAGGAAGCACACAAAUAUUGCAAUGGUGCAUAAAGUUGGGUGUUAAAAAUACAUUUAGCACAUAUGGUACAUUUUAGCACAAUUGGAAAACUUGGCCCUAGGGAUUUUUUUUUUUUACAAUUGUUCCUCAUUAGAAGUAUAAAAGAUUACAAAACCUUUGCUAGAGAUGCAGCUUCUUUCAAAGUGUAUCAAUUUCAGAAGCAUUUAAUUGAAUAUAUAACCUUUAAAUGUUCCAGUUUUCUCUACUACGGAAAAGCUGCAGUCUUCUAUUUGAGAUAACAUAGACUAGUUUUAUUUAGAUAAUCACCUAAUGAAAACAAAUUGGAUGUCACAUUUGCCAUUUUUUUUUAUCUUGUUAGAAAGAAAGCACAGCCUUUUUAAUAUAAACACAAGUAGUAGAAGCUCUAAAAAAUAAAGCCAUUUUUUUGUAACAGCACUGUUGGGAGGAUGCUGAAUUAACUUACAAAUGUGAAAACCCCUAGUUAUACAUUAGCCCAGUUUUAUGGACUUUUCCUGUUUUUUUUUUCCUUUGAUGUAAUUCAAAUGAGCCUUGUUUACUGCCCAUAGUCCAUGUACUGAAUGGAUAGUAUACAAAUAGAAACUAAAAUAUUGCUAAUAAUGACUACCAUUACAUGCUUAUACCAGUACAGUAUUCUAACCUACCACUUGAAAAUUUGUUUGCACAGAAGCUGAAACAGUAAUGCAACAUUAUUUGUGGCCUAUUCAACAUCUAGAGUAUUGCUUUACAACAAUUUCAACACUGUAUUGCUUUAAAGCCUACUUCGACCGUUUUUUUCAUGGUGAAAAUGAUUAAGAAUUGUUUCUAAUGCCUAAAUAUAAAUGUGGAAGUAAGGAAUGGUAUAUACAAGACCAAGUCAAGAAAAAGUAAUUUGUGCAUAUUGUUGUAUUCUUUUGAUACUAUUGCAGCUUAUUCUGCUUGAUAAAGCUAGUCUGCAAGCUUUGUAGUUUUGCUUAAAAAUAUUAAGAUUGUUCUUACCCAUUGGUAACAACUAUGACUGAGAAUAACUGAGCUGAUUUUAUUUGAGAAGAGUGGAAGGUUAUUCCUUUGCAUCAAGACGCAAUAUACUGAUUCCAGCUAAGUGAAGAAACUUCUGCUUUCUCAAACCAUACCAAUUUAGGCUAAUCUGCCAUAAAAAUAAAUGGAUGUGUUCAUAGUAGUAAAAACAUUCCUGGAAACGUGCAUUUAAUUUUUACUGUAGGCCAGGUAUGGCAUGACUUACUUACAGGUAUACUGUAGGCCAUGAUGGUAUUAAACAGUUCUUCAGUGGACUGGUUUAUUUUGAAGCAGCAUUAAUACAGUUUCAUUAUCUGAACAGUGUGAGCAGUUGAUUGAAAUGGCUGUUUAAAAAUGUAAGUUCUUUUUAUGAAAGAAGUUGGUCUUAUACUUUGCUCCCUGCUUUCAACUCUGAACAUUUUACCUGCUAGGGGUAAGAAGAUAAGGUUGAAUAUGCAAAAGUUAGGUAUAAAACAUAUGCUAUGAACUGUCAAACACUGAUUUGCAAAUGUAAGCUGCCAAUGACACACCUAAGAUCAGUAUUUUCCUAUGUAUAUGAUACAAGCCGAGGUAAAUUUAAUGAGGCUCUUUUACAUAAAAAGAAAUAUGGAUAUAAAAUGCAUUUCAAUCUUGUUUGGAAUGAAAAUGGCUUGACUGUUCUCCCAGAAUGUACAUUCUUACCUCAGCAUGUAUUGUAGUUGCUCAGUAUUUGUAUAUGUUGCUAGAACUUAGACUGUAUAAAUAGUGAGGGUUUUUUUAAUGUAUGUUGAAAGUAUUUUAAAUAAAUUGUACAUAAGUA